AUGCUUCAGCAGGAAAUUCUCCGUGCAUCAAUUUGGACGUGUCUGAAAUCAUCGGACUUGACACUAGAUUUAUAUGCCACUCCGGCACAAACUUCAAGGAUACGGAAAGAAAAAAGGCAAAUGAAUAACCAUUCACCGGAAAUUCAGGACUGUUGCAAAUCUGGAGAAGUUGGAGAAGUUACGGAAUUUGGAAAAUCAGUCGGAAACAAGGAGUAUCAUUUGCUGGUAUCAAACAGUAUCACAUCUCAUCUAACGACACCAAAGCCGAGCGUUCCUUGGUACCGGCCGUGCGCCCAGCUGAUCGCGAGAGCAUCUUUUAUUUACAAAAUUAUUGUAAUUACUAGUUUUCAUUGCCCGGCCUCAAUAUUAGAUGUAAACAGUCUCACAAUGGCUCAUUUUACUCCUUAUUUUUCCCCAAAUGGUGAAAGAGAUCGCCGUGCAAGACACGUGCAAGAUCAAAGCGGUGGUGGCGAUAUGUUGCUGGAUGAGAUCUCACGAAAUGAUGUAACGAAUGAAGUGAAAAUCAACGCUAGUAUUGCUCGGAGUUUUCCAAGUCCAGCAUUUGCUUUUAAAGCUAAUAAACCAGUGAUUAAUACCAGCAAAGAUAACUUGACAAAAGCUGUCCAAUCAUUUAAAGAGGUUCGUUGUUAUAGGAAAGCAAUCGAUACAAUGGACAUCCCACAAAUCGGCUCAUGUCAAGUCUCUACGUCUCGAGGCUUGAAGCGACUGAGGGAUUGUCGUGAUGACGAUCCCAAUGGAAUGUGUCAAGUCGGUUCCUCUGUUGGAUUUACAACAGCGUCUGGAAAGCCUUUACUAAUCGGUGAAGUCGCUAUGAAAAAAGCUAAAUUAUUAAUGUACCAGAAUGAAAGUUUAGAACAUGAAUCGCCACUGUGUAUCGAACAAAAGAAGCAGCACAGAGACUUUGAAAAUUUUGAAACAGAUAACUCUGGCAUUGAGAGUUACUGCGAUGCCCAAAAGACAGAAAUCGCAGCUAUGCAUUCCUCCAAUUGUGAUACCGGAAGUGAUGGACACUUUGAAAUUGAACAAUCACCCGCGACAAAAGUAAGAAAUCUGUCGAGCGACAAAUAUUCUAGGCAAUCGUUGAAAUUAUCUGGUACAAUUUGCCGGAAGACUAAUUCAGUUAUUGAAAGUCAUUCCAGGCAGCUGCUAAUGUUGGCAAAUGAAUCACAAGUAAUCCCAUCAAUUUCAGGAUCUGAAUCAAUCAAAUUAAAUCUAAGCAAUAUUUCCAAAAACAAUUCGACUCAUGUUGCUGGUAAUACCAAAGCACCAAAGAACUUUGAAAGUACUAGUAAGGCGGAAAAUUGGACCACCAACAAUCAUAUAGUCGACGAUAAAAUUUCGCAUGUUUCUACGGGAUUUAACACAGCGAGUGGUAAAACAAUACCCAUAUCAGAAAAAGCACUGUCUAGCGCUAAAAUACUUUGGACAACAACAGUAGAUGAUCGAGAUUCUAAACCAUUUAAAUGUAUACUUGAUAAUGAAAAUUCGAUAGCGGAUCUUCCAAUUGAUAGUAAAAAACUGUCCAAUGUAUCGGAUCGUGCGUUGUCAAAAGUUGAUAUCAGGAUGGCAUCUGGAGAACACAAUGCUGGAAAUUCUGAGUUUUCGAAAUAUAAACCCGGAGAUAAAUAUGCAAAUGCUGGAUUCUCAACUGGCAGUGGCAAAGCGAUAAAGAUAUCAGAUCAGGCAUUAAACCAAGCAAAAAUUUUGAUGAUGUCUGAAGAACAGAAUAGCUGUGAAUUUUCUCAACUAAAUCAUGAUACUUGUAAUAAAGAUACGCUUGAAUAUUCAACAUCUAACAGAGACUGGAUAAAAAAUGAUAAACGUGUAAUAAUGAAAGUUGAUAAAUCGUUUGUCAACGAACAGAAAAACAGUCCGCAACACAUUGAUUCAAGAAACCGAAAUAGCUCAGUCGUUGAAGUUUUUAAUCGCAAUAACAUUUCCAUAUUCGCAACACCUGGGUUCGAAUCAUUAUCGAACAACGUUACAUCAAGUGACACGACUGAUGAUGAGCUAAUUUAUCGAGAAUCUAAAAAAGUACGUCUUAAUUCCGAUAUACAAACUCGCAAAUUGUUUGCUGAAAAGGAUUGCGAUACGGAUAAGAAGAUGAGAAACAUGGAACUUCACUCGGAGGAGAAUCAAAUCAAUAGCAACAGCAAUUAUGCUGGUCAUACGUUGCAGCAUGAUAAAGAAAAAAAUAAUACAGCUCGAAGAUGCGCGAAAUCAGAUAUAUUUCCCGUAAAUGACAGACUUAUGAUCCCUCAGCUCGAACCACAGAAGUCUUGGCCGUUGAAUCCUCACGAUACUAGUGAAUCUCAAUUUUCAAAAAAAUUAACUAGUUACGAUAACAUAUUGGAAGUAGUUCAAAACGAUCGAAAGAUGCCCACCAUUUCUGAAGAAAUAACUGCAAGCACAAAAGCUCUACUUGCGGAUGAAGAAAAUUUCCAGGAUACCUCGUCAUGGGCCGCCGCAAUCACAUGCAGUCCACCUCUAAUUGAAAAUGAAGAAAUUACUGUUAGACCGUCAAGUACUUUUGACGAAGGCUGUGACGUUCAGGAAAUACCAAGUAGUCCGAUUAUAGGAGACAGAUUCCGUCCACGUACACGGAAAAAACAUAAGCGUAAAAGCAAAAGUAUGUUGAACAAAGAUUUAGUGAAUCUCGAAGACACUAAGGAUGAUGGGAGCAGUAUGAAUGGUUUGGAAGAGCGAAUCGAUACUCAGUGCUUUCGACGAUCCAGCGAUGUCACGACCUCAACUUCUGGUUUAUCGGAGCAGAUGCGUGGGAACAUUAGUCCAGUUAUGGAGACUGCUUCAAGUCCAAAGUUUGCAAAAUAUGAAGUAACUGCAAAAAAUGUUCCAGUCUUUAGUAAUCGAGUUGAAAAUUCUCCCAAUUCGGUAUCCCGUUUUGAGAUUGAACAAGAAAUAAUUUCUAAUAUAUUGGAAAACCGUUUAGCUGCAACACUGGCACAGGAGAAAAAAAUUUGUGCCAAGAAAAAAUUCAAGUUAAAGCCGAUCGCAGGAAGCUUGUUUCUUCGCAAAACACAGAAUACGAAGCCCCGAUUAUCGUUGCGGGAUCUCACAAACGGAGCUUCGCUUGUACCGCGAACUUCUGAUGAGCUCACAGAUAUAGCUAUCGGACUCGAUAUCAUGGAAGUUACUGCGGCCACUGCAGUUCGAUAUAGAUUUAAAUGCUCCGAAUUUUACAGCAAAGAUAAAAUAUGUACAGAUGUUUAUGGAAUAACGAUGGUCGAUGGAGGUCUGUUGAUUUUUGAUGAAACUGGUUACGCGGGUGUCGACGAGUUUGAGCAAGCAUUUAUUGCAAGUCCCGGAGUGGAUCCCUCUUUAGUACCCCAUAAAUGGGUAGAGAAUCACUAUCGAUGGAUUGUAUGGAAAUUAGCAUCCAUGGAUAGAAUGAAAUUUGGAGAUCUAUCUUUUUGCAGGAUGUUGACGCCCGAUCAUGUUAUGGAGCAGCUGAAGUAUAGAUACGAUCGCGAAAUUGACAAGUCUGAGCGUCCGGCUUUGAGGAGAAUCAUAGAAAAAGAUGAUCCUGCAUGUAGACGUAUGAUUCUGUGUGUAGCGACCAUUACUAAGAUUAAAAAUGAUGAAACGUCGGACAACCAUGAACCAAAAACUAUACCGACGUCACAAUGGAGAAUGGAAUUAACCGACGGAUGGUAUUCCAUAACUGCAAGCAUCGAUGCAGCCAUGUCGCAUUUAAUAGCUUUCGGCAAAGUGCGCGAAGGUACAAAGCUUGUUACAUGCAGAGCAGAAUUGAUGAACUCCGAUCAAGGAUGUUCCCCGUUAGAGAUGCCGGCUGAUGUGUGUUUAAAAAUUCAUUCAAACUCCACCAGAAGAGUAAGAUGGGACACUAGACUUGGUUAUUGUAAACACGGGGGAUCAAUUUCAACUCGACUAUCAGCUAUACUUGUAAACGGUGGUCUAAUUGGAAGAUUGGAUGCAAUUGUCGCCCGCGUUUAUCCGAUCCAGUACUUUGAGAAGACUUCGAACGGCCAAUCGAUAUUCAGAAAUAAGAAGUGCGAAGACAAGGCAGCAAUGGCCUAUGAAAAUGAACGUCAGGCGCAAAUAGAAACGAUCCACGCACAAGCACGAGCUGAAUUUGAAGCCAGGAAUCGAAAACAGUCAAGAAGUUCUUCCUCAGGUCUCCAGAGCGAAUUCUGGUGCUGCGAAUCUAUUGAAAGUGAUUUAUCUAGUCAGAAAUCGCAAAGUCUUCACGAUUCCCGUGAAGUAUCUGAAAAGGCUUUCCGAGAUCACCUGGAAUCUAUGUUGACCAGGAGUCUUCCUCCGCCACGUAAAGUAACUCAAGUUCUAAAGGUGCGCGUAACGGAGGGUGAAAAUACAGCUCUUCUUACAAUCUGGGCACCCGGUGACGAUACAAGUGAUGUUUUGAAAGAAGGAAAUCGGGUUUCUAUCCACAACGUGCAAACGUCAGGAAAAAGAUUUGGUGAACUUCAGUUGACAGCCGGUCGCCAAUCUAUUAUUAAGUUCGAAGCCGCUAACGCUUCUACUUGCCAUCAAAGAUAUUUAACACCUAUAUCUGAAGUAGGUGUCGUUGGAUUUAGUCCACCAUUUGGCGAGUUUGACACAGUGGGAAUUAUCAUAUCUUUAGGCCCAGCGCCUCAUGGCAUGAAGAACUUUGAAGCAUUGAACUUGGCAUGCCCAAAUGCUGACUGUUCAAGUUCCGCAUAUUUGUCAAUACUUUUCUGGGAUGGAAUCAAAGCUCACGGUUGCUCGGAUAUCCUUUCCAUUGGGUCGACAGUGGCUUGCACCAAUCUUCAGUGGCGUCGGAGUACACCAUGGACAAUCCCUGUAGCAUACUCGACGGAGCAUUCAACUUUCACAAGAUAUCCACGUCAAGCUUAUCUUUGCGCAGCUUUUGACAUCGUCAAUAAUCAGAUCACGGAUCCACUAAGCUACAUAUCGCAGUGCGCCACCGACAUCGCAAAACAAAAUGAGAAAAAACUUAGCGCCAGUCGAUCUCCAGGUGUAGUCAACGCAUUGAACCAGGAGUCUUCUCCCGCAGCUGUUCUUUACCAAAGAUAUGCUCCAGGAAUGAGUCCGAGAACUCCUCAGGGGGCUCUGAACUCCGGGGGAAACACCACGCCAGCAAAAUAUUCAAUUCAGAGGCGAUUGGAGAAGCUCCAAUGGUACGGAGAACCGCCUGACUUGUCGCCUAUUCCAGUGAAUCGAUCCGCUUCAAAAAUAAAUCGGAAAUUCGUAUCACCUAUACGAAUGCCAGAGCAUUGAUAAGCUGAAAUAGAAAAACAGCAGUCAGUGUUGGAUGUGUGAAAUUGAAUUUUAUUUAUCGAGAUUACUGUUACCUUAAUUUAUUUUUUGUUGUUUUCGUUUUUUGAUUUCUCUUGACAAGUGAA